AUGUCCAACAUGUCUUACAACAUGUCUUACAAUACCACGCUUUGUCCGGGCCUCUACGAGGAUUUCUGCGGCUCCACCGACUGCCGCGGAGGAGACGGCCUCUGCUCGGCGGAUGAGAUUCUUUGCUUCCAUCGUGGCUACACGCCCUAUGGGACCGUCGCAUAUGGCGAGGAGAGCCACAGCUGCGCCAAGCUGGAGGACGGCUGCCCCUGCGACGAAGCCUGGGAGGUGGAGUGCUACAGUCCUUAUUGGCCACCUGGGCCAAAAGUGUGUGUGCCCGCGUCAAUGGGCUGCGCAUCCCAGGGCCUGGUGGAAGGCAGCCACUGGGGCCCCUCCACUACCUACGUGCCUGGAGGCUAUGGUGGUACAGGUGGCUAUGGCGGUGGAUACGUCUACUGCCCCGACCUGUACUGCUACGAGACGCCCUACAGCUCGAACGGCACGUUGGACUGGAACCUGUACAACGACACCGCGACGUGCAUCGGCUAUGGUGCGUACGAAACAGGCUGCCCCUGCCACCCGCAGUGGGAGACGGUGUGCGAGAGCUGGGGCUCGAAAUUCUGCGUACCAGUGACGGAGGGCUGCUGGGACCCUUUCGACAUCGACUGUGGCUUCGGGCAGAAGAAGUGCGAGGGCGAGUUCAGCGCCUUUUGCUGGGAGGAGUCCUGGGGCAGUUGCCCUCUCUACUGCACCAGCAACGAGACAAUGUGCCACAGCUAUGGCUACGAUGAGUUCGGCUAUCAGAACUACUCUGACUACCAGGAGUUCUGUGCUCCGUCUGCCACGGGGUGCCCCUGCAACGCUCAGUUCGAGAACAAGUGCACCGACCGAUGGGGCUACAGCUCGUGCCAGUCGAACCAAUGGCCAUGCCCCAUCGUGUGCGGCGACAACGAGCAGGAGUGCUGGUUGACGCCCUAUGGAUCGGAUGGUGCCGAGCUGAGUCCAUCUCUGGUUUAG